AUGAGUAGACCAUUCAAUAAGGUCGUCAUCGUCGGCGCUGGCCCCUCCGGCUUGCUCCUCGCCCUGCUGCUCUCCAAACAUGGAAUCCAGGUGCAUGUGCUCGAGGCCGAGGACCACCUCGACCAGCGACCCCGGGCCGCCCACUAUGGUCCCCCCGCCAUACCCGACCUCAUGCGUGCGGGUAUCAUCGACGAGGUCCGCCGCCGCGGCAUGGUGAACAGCCGGUACUCCUGGCGCCGCCUCGAGGACCACAGCGUCAUCGCCGGAUUCGACGCCAGCAUGCUCAGCGACGUCGACGGCAAGGACUUGAGGACCGCGUGCCUUGUCCUGCAAGAGCUCGACCAGCUCAUGCUGGACGAGUUCCUGGGCAAGUACGGCGGCUCCAUCAGCUGGGAGCACCGCGUGGUCGGCCUGGGCCAGGACGAGGAGCGGGCCUGGGUCGACGUCGAGACCCCCGGCGGCAGGACGCGCGUCGAGGCCGACUACAUUGUCGGCUGCGACGGAGCCAACAGCGCCGUGCGGAAGGGACUCUUCGGGAACGAGUACCCGGGCUGGACGUGGGACCAGCAGAUCGUCGCGACCAACACGUACUACGACUUCGCGGGCGAGUACGGAUGGGACGACGCCAACUUCAUCAUCCACCCGGAGCACUUCUUCAUGGCCGCCAAGAUCACCAACGACGGGCUGUACCGCGUCACCUACGGCGAGGAGCCGGGCCUGUCGCACGAGGAGAUGAAGGCGCGCCAGGCCGACAAGUUCCGCACCAUGCUGCCGGGGCACCCCGAGCCCCACCAGUACAGGGUCGUCAACUUCGCGCCGUACAAGAUGCACCAGCGGUGCGCCCCGCGCUUCCGGUCCGGGCGGUUCAUGCUGGCCGCCGACGCCGCCCACCUGUGCAAUCCCUGGGGCGGGCUGGGCAUCACGGGGGGGUUCGUGGACGUCGGCGGGCUGUACGACUGCCUCGCCGGGCUGUGGGACGGCCUGGCGGACGAGAGCAUCCUGGACCUGUACAGCGAGAAGAGGAGAGAGAAGUGGCAGACCAUCAUCGACCCGAUAUCCCAGGAGAAUUUCCGGAGGGUCAUGGACGCGGACCCGGCCACGAGGCUCGAGCGGGACGGGUUCAUGCAGAUGUGCCGCCGCGCCGAGGGCGACCCGGAGUUCAUGCGCGAGCUGAUGAUGAAGAGCUUUGCGGUGCGCUAUGACUUUACCCAGCACUACAACAAGGCCAACGGCAAGGAGGGGAGCGGCGCUUGA